AUGCGUGUCAAUAUCUACACGUGGACCGGUACAUUACUGGCACGUUUUCACGCACAGUUGACCUACCCGGUCUCGGUGGCCGUGGAUUCGGCCUACUGCAUCUACAUCACAGACAAUUUGGCCCACUGUGUGGUUGUGUUCAACUAUGCUGGAGAUGUGCUGGGCAAAAUCGGUUCACCUGGACUGACCAACUACCCAUUUGGUGUGACCAUCCUAACCAGGAGCAGCCUGGACACCGGUCCGAACAUGUCCUCAUGCGCGUCCCACGUGAACGGUUCACCGAAUGGUUCCGAACUGGUGGUGGUUGGUGAGAUUUUUCAUUCUAUGUUCAUAUAUACAUAUAUACAUAUAUAUAUAUAUAUCGAUUCUGCGCGUAAAUUAUAUCUAAAUGCGAAUGUUCAACAGUGA